AUGAAUACGGCCACUGGUCGUCUUUUCCUAGGAAGUGGAAUCAGCCAUCCUCCUCCGUCAGCCACCUAUGAUCCUGAAAAAGGUGCCCCUUCUGUUAUUGGAUACGCUGCAAACUUCAAUGCUAAUCGCUUCGACAUAGUCGGAGAUUAUCUUUUCCAAAGCUCGAGGAGAGAAGAGACAAUCUCUACGAUGUCUGAAUUAGUCAACAAUGUGUUGCCGAAAUCUGCCGAAAAUCAGUGGCCUUGA